AAAACCUUGUAUACAUCUAGUUGGUACAAAACGUGACAUAAAACAGUCAGAAGUGGGGAAAUAUAUAAAAAUGGAAUUAAUUUCCAUGGACAAGAAUAUCAUAAAGAAUGUUCGUCUACUCCGAUCAUUUAUCAUACUGUGCAUUAUAUGGAAUGUACUGGUGUUGGUGAGUGCCGAGAAUUUCUACGACCUCUUGGGCAUUUCCAAAAGUGCAACGACAAAGGAGAUUAGAAAAGCAUUCAAAUCAUUAGCCAUCACAAAGCAUCCAGAUAAAAAUCCGGAUGAUCCGAAUGCCCACGAUCUAUUCUUAAAACUAACACGUGCAUAUGAAGUUCUGAAGGAUGAAGAUUUGAGAAAAAAAUAUGAUACUCAUGGGGAGGAAGGCCUAAAGGAAGAUUUCCAUGGAGGGAGACAGUACGAAAGCUGGAAGUUCUACCAAGAGGAAUUCGGAAUCUACGAUGAUGACAAGGAGAUUAUAACAUUGAGCCGAUCAGACUUUGAACAGUCUGUUGAAGGAACAGAUGACAUUUGGUUUGUCAACUAUUACUCCCCUCACUGCGGCCACUGCCAUGACUUAGCGCCACACUGGAGAGAAGUUGCACAAGAGUUGGAGGGUGUGAUCAGAAUCGGAGCCGUGAACUGUGAAGAUGAUUGGCAGCUGUGUAGGAUGCAGGGUGUCCGGUCCUACCCCUCUCUCAUCAUGUAUCCAGCGAGAGAGAAGUACCAUGGAGAGAGGAUGACAGGGCCGAUGGUGAAGUAUGCUUUAAAAGAGGUGAAGGCCUCGGUGGUGGACCUGUGGAGGGGAAACUUUGACAGUUUUACCACUAACCCUGACAAUGACCGACCAUGGCUCAUCACAUUCUGUGGUGACGGGGGAGACUGUUUGACGAAGAGCACAUGUAUCAAACUGGCGGCCAUGUUGGAGGAGCUGGUGAACGUUGGGAAGAUAGACUGCCACAACAGUGAGGAUGUGUGUACACGUCUCGGUGUGGACUAUGGUACCAUGUUCUACGAAAGUCAACAAGUCAUGAAAGGAGUCGGGCUGAAAAUCACCAGUUUGUUUGCCCAGGAGAUAGCUCAUCAGGUGAUGUCUCAGCUACCAGAUGUAGCAGUUCUGGACAAGACAACCUUUAAGGAGAUCAAAGAGAGGCUAAAGAAGGGACAGAAGAGGGCGUGGCUGAUACACUUUGUGGAAGGGGACGCUGUUCAGGACAUUGAGUUCAGGAAAUUACCGGGCAUGCUCACCGAUAUUCAGAUUGGACGAGUUGACUGCCAGGUGAUGAGGGCCGAGUGUAACAGUGUACAUGUGAUCAAGUUCCCAAGCUUUCUGGUGUUUAAGCAGACAGGGGGCUAUGAAAUCUACUAUGGUCGAAUGACGGCUCAUGAUGUUGCGGCGUUUGCGCGCGACAGUGCAGUGGCAAAAGUGGAAUCUCUUGGUAAGGAAGAUUUCCGAGAUCACAGAGUUGGACCUGACAGCUCGGAUCCAUGGUUCGUCGAUUUCUUUGCUCCGUGGUGUCCCCCCUGUAUGAGGCUGUUACCAGAGUUCAGGAAGGCGGCCAAAAACUACGGAGGGUUGGUCAACUUUGGCACUGUCGACUGUACGAUACACUCGGACAUCUGUCAAAUGUAUAACAUCAACUCGUACCCCACCACGAUUCUUUAUAACGCCACCGUGCCUAUACAGUACCACGGGCAUCACCGUGCCAACGACUUGGGAGAGUUUAUAGAGGACACCCUGAAACCUCCGGUGUUAUCUCUGGAUUACAACAGCUUUGAUAGACUGGUGAGACAGAAAGAGGAGGGAGUUCUCUGGAUCAUCGACUUCUACGCCUCCUGGUGUGGCCCAUGUCAACAACUAGCUCCUGAGUGGAGAAGGCUUGCCAAGAUGUUGAAAAAUACCAAGAAUAUCUUUGUGGCCCAAGUGGAAUGUCAAAAGGAAGCGACACUGUGCCGACAAGAAAAUGUUAACUCCUAUCCUAGCAUGAGACUGUACCCAGCUGAUUCUCGAAAGGGCAGUGGAUCUUUUUUUACCUACAAUGGCUGGCACAGAGAUGCCCAGUCACUGCGAGCCUGGGCGUUCGAGUUCUUACCGAGUAAGGUGGAGACACUUCACAACUAUAACUUCCACCAGAAUGUGCUGUCCAGCACAACGCCAUUCAUCGUCGACUUUUACGCUCCAUGGUGUGGACAUUGCCAAGUUUUUAAACCAGAAUUUGAAAAAAUUGCAGAGACACUUGAAGGUCGUGUGAAGGCUGGCAAGGUGAACUGUGAUGAAGAACGUAAUCUGUGUCAGCAGGCAGGAGUGUCUGCCUACCCAACGGUCAGGUUCUACAAGGGCUCACGCAAAGGCAUGGCUCAGCACAUGUAUGGACAAGAUAUUGACUUCCUAGAUGCAGAUCAAAUCAUCAGAUUUCUCAAAGGGAAGAUACCUGCAAAAACGGUAAAAACAUCCCAUGACGAAUUAUGAAGACUUUGUCACCUAUCAACAUAAUCAAUUUGGUUGACAUUUUUCUAAUGUGCUUUAUACAUGUAUAUGUAAUUGCAUAUAUUUUUAUUUACAGUUUCAUCCAGUAUUAGUUUAAGACUUUGUUUGAACUAAGAGAAACUGUAUCUCAUACUUGUGCCAGAAACAUAGCCAUUCUAUUCUUAAAUAAGUAAUAGAAAUAAAAUCAAAGCCUACAGCCUGCAGGAGUACAUUUUUACAUUAGUAUAUCUCUCUUCUUCAAAAUAACUAUCAAAAUAUUUAUAUACCUCUAUUAUUUUCUUAUAGAGUUUCUUUAAAAAAAAGUUGUUCCUUUAUUGCUUAUGUAUUUUCAGUGAAAGUGAAGCUGGAUAUUGUUUUUGCUUUUUGUCUCACUGGAUGAUUUUGUAAGAUUCAGAACUCUGUUCCUUUUAACAUUUAAAAUCAUGAGUUGAUUGAGAUGUUUGGAUGAGUUAAGUCCAUUUUUGCUCGAAUUAUUCUUAACUCCGUUCCUUUAACAUUUCAAAUUGAUGGACUGAGUGGAUGUGCUUGGAAUCAUCAUGGGAUUAACUCCCUUUUGCUUGAAUUUUUUCCUAACUGUGCUCCUCGUGUCAUAUGGGUGAAGAUGUGUUUGGAAAUGUUAACUGUAUUUAUUAGCAGUUACAUCCAUGACUCUGUUUAUCAAUCUUCUCCUAUAAUAUAUUUAUUUACUGUUUACUCAAUGCCGAAAUUAUCCUGUAAUAAGCCCAUGAGGCCAACACAUGAACUUCUCUAACAGUAGAGGGUGGUGCAGGAUUAUUAAGUAGGAUUUGAUGUCAUUUCACUGAAUUAAUAGCAAUACAUCUGUGUGGGCUUAUUACUAGGCAUUGGAUUAUUGCAAGGCAUGGGCUUAUUACCAGACAUGGGCUUAUUACCAGACAUGGACUUAUUACCAGGGUAUGAGCUUUUAUCCAGGCAUUGGAUAACUAUAUGGUGUUUUGUAAAAAUGUAUACAUUAUGUUCCUGUUAAUGCUGUGGGUAAAAAUUUCAUGGGAGAGAAAAUUGUGAUACAAUGUUUUAUAUCAACACAUUUUUUUUCUGUUUAAGUGAAAAUUACAUUAUAUAAUAAAUACCAACAGGGUAAUGGUUUGCGUUAGAUAUUACAAGGUAAUAAAUUGUGAGAUAAAUUUAACAUUGCGUACCAGGGAGAAAGGUCCCGACAUGUGGUUAUAUUUUUUGGGCAAGUUUCCAUAAAGACCUACGGUUCAUUCAAAAUUUUGCUAAAAUGUUCGUCUUUGUGUGUACUUAAACUGUUUAACUGCUACAAUAUGGAUUAAGUGACUUAAAUUAAUAAGCAAACAUUUUGGGUCCAUUUCCUCCUUUCCAUGUUGGAACUAUUUCAAUUUGUUUUAACAUACAGAUACUUACACAUGGAUACAAAAUGUAUUGAAAAGGCAAAAAGGGCCUGUAAGGACAAUUCAUAAAUGUAAAUAGAUCACGAAAUACACGAAGGAGAUUAACAAGUUCUAGUCCCAUAAAAUGCUUUUUGGAAAGUUAAUGUUCAAAAUCUUUAGUAUGAAAGUUAAUGUUCAGAAUCUUGAGUAUGAAAGUCUGUGCCAUAUCUUGUAUAACUUGUAUUUUAUGCAAUUUUCUCAUACAAAGUGCUGUACAAAGAGCAUGAAUAUUUAUUUUUAAUAAAAAAAAAAUUGUGUUUAUUACUCUCUGAAUAUUGACUGCAAAAUUUGAAUUUAGUAUACAAAUAUAUUUUCUAGUUAUUAAUUUAUAUCUUAAGAAUUUUUAUCAUUGAUAUUUAGAGAAAAAAUGAAUAGCUAUUUAUAAGUGUAUAUAAAAACCCAAUGAAAUCCAAAGAUUUUCAAUCAAUUAUGUUUGUUUUCUAAACAGUAUAGAUUACUCAUAAUCUGAUCAGAAUUAUAUUCCACGGGCAUAUCUUUAUAAAGAGGAUAAAUUGUUUUUGAAAAUUUUUUUUCAUGUCUCCAAUUUCCAUGUUUUUACCAAAAGAUUGAUGUUGAAGGAUUGUUUUGGUGGUUGGACCAUGAUUAAUUUUACAUUUCUAUGGUCUGUGUGCUUUUUGUUAUUUUUUAAAUUUUAUUCCAUGCCUAUGAAAAAAGUGGAAAAUCAAUAACAUUUAAACUACAUAUUUCCAUAUAAAAAUAUGGGGAUAACGAUUGCAUAUUGAAGAUGAAUCUGGGUGUUUCCUGAGAGAGAACACAUGAACCAUCCUUUUUUAUUUAAACAUACAACCCUCAAUUUUCCGCCCUUCCAUCUUGAAUUAAUUGAAGAGUAAAAAGUGAUUUUAGUUUCAUUGUGGCAGUAAAAUAUUGAUGAGCUGACACUAACAGAUAAUCAAGUUAACAUUAAUUAAGUUUCUAUCUAUAGAUGUUUUCUAUCUGUGUUAUUUAUAGAAAUUCAGAAUAUAGGAAUGAGAAAUAAUAAUGAAUUGAUACUUUGAUUAAAAGUCAAAUCAGCUCCAUUGAAGUAAGUGUUAAGAUCAGAAUGUUAGAAAUAGUAUGUUAAGAAGUCACAUCACUUGCUUAAGGGUGAAAGGUCAGAGUGCAAUUUAGAAAAUGUAACAAAUGAUACAUCACUAGCUUUAGGGUGAAAGGUCAGAGUGAGAGGUAGAAAAUGUAACAAUUUUAAUGAUACGUUAAGGAGGGAAGGUCACAUGCUUUAGGGUGAAAGGUCAAAGUGCGAGAGAGAAAACGUAACAGUGAUAAAAGGAAGAGGUCAAGAAAAAAAAGAAAGGUCACUGGGCCUAAAGUGAAAGGUCAAAGUGUAAAUUUCAUUUGAAUGUUGCUGAUAUGUAAAUAAUGAAAAGUUAUAAUGUAAAUAAACACUGGUGACUAUGUACAUGUAUACAUGUAUGUAGGAAAAACAAAGAGGAGCUAAAGGUCAAGGUCACAUGAUGUCAAGGUGAUUGUUGGUGAAGUUUUUGCUUUUUAAGGUUACAUAUAUUAAAGGAAGCCCUGGAGGAUGUGACGGAUUUGAAACAAAAUGUUCUUUCAAAUGACGUCUUUACUGAAUUCAUCAUCAGUCAUGUCUGAGAGUGAUUUAUAUUCAUUCUGUAAAACCUUGUUCAGAAAGCCAGUGCUGAUAUUCCAGUAAUUUUUAUACAUAUCUGUAUGUUAAUGAACUAGUCACACAAGAUCUUAAAGUCACAUUUCCAAGAUUUAUUUAUCUCAUGUUUAACCAAAGCAAAGUAUGUAAAAAUACACAUUUUGUGAGAAAAUUUAAUCAGAGAAUUUAAAGGAAAUUUACACACAUAUUGUUUUAUUGCACAGUCUGAUAUCACAAUACGAGGAACAUGUAUUAAAUGUUGUAAAUAAUUUGUUUAUGGCAGUGUUAUGUUGCCUAGGUACAUCCUGGAGACAAUUUUACAGCAUGCAUGUCUUACAGUGUAACUAUCAAUGCUGGUGUCUCUCAGUAAUUUCAUACUUCCAUGUCUGCUUCUGUAAAAAAAAUUACACUAAAACCUGCAAUGCCAGUAAAAUUAGAUUUUAACAUCCUUUUUAGUGUAGCUUAACAAGUUGUGAAAACACAUUAUUUUCAAAAUGAAUUUAUUGACAAUUGUCGAAAAAUUUACAGAUUUUUUUUUCUAUCUUUUGUGUCCUGGAUAAUGAUUUUAAUCCCCACACCAACUUUUAAUAUAUUAUCAAGUAACUUGUGGGCUCAUUUUGAAUGUUGUGAAUUUCCUUAUUGUUAUCAAAUUAAAUUUUCCUCAAUAAUUGCAUAAGAUUCAAUAAAUGUUGCAUUAUAUUUAAAAAAAAACUGUGAUAUUGAAAUGUGUUUUUACAAUAUUGAUUUAAUUAAUAGUGAUGACAAUGUGGGCAUAUAUAACUACUGGUAAUAUUUUUACUAUUACUUGGACGAAAGGUAAAGAAUUUUCAGAAAUAAAUCAUGUUCCUUAAAAUGUUUGUACUCAAUGUUAGAUGCUUCCUUACACAAUAUACCAUUUGAUUAAUAUUAAAGAUAAGAUGUAUUUUUGUGUUAAUUAAGUUUCAUCAUUUCCUGAUGAACAAGACAAAUUUCCACUCUAAUUUCACAGGGUAGCUGGUUGGCAGUGUUUACCCGCUGGCCUUUUAUCUAGGAAGUCUGGGUUUGUUAUUCCCAAAUCAGAUGUGAAAAAUUAUGGGGUCACCUGCCUGACCAUGUGGGUUUUCUCCAGGUACUCGGGUUUCCUCCCAUAGUAAGACCACUUGCUCACAUGCAUCCGAGAUA